AUGAUGGAGUGCGAUAUGCUAGAUUUUGAAUUGGAUCUAGCGCCUCUGACGCCUAUGGGACCUGAGAUGGAAAAUUCUGACACUCUGAUUUGGCCUCCAGUAUCACCUCUUGAGAUUUCUCCACCCAGUUCACCAGUAUCACCUCUUGACAUUUCUCCACCCAGUUCUCCAGUAUCACCGCUCCAGUCUCCUUCACCCAGUUUUAUGGAGUCCAUGGUGAAACCGUUUUUUCUGCCCAUAUCUCCAAUCUCUUCGCCUGUGGAUAAAUCGUUACUACGUCCAAUAUCACCACAAGUGGAACAGCCUGUCCAUAAGCCCAUUGCAACUGUUAUGCCUUCCAGUUCAUCUGUGGAUAAACCAUCGUUUCGUCCCCCUGUGGAUAAAAAGAAACUGAAAUCUGUCAUUGUGAAUGAGGCACCGAACAGAAUCUGGAGUCGUAUGCCGAUGAAAAGAACCACCAAAGCCCCUGAAAGACAGAUCACAGCUCCUGAAAGACAGACCACAGCUCCUGAAAGGCAGACCACAGGCUCUAAAAGACAGACCACAGCUCCUAAAAGACAGACCACAGCUCCUAAAAGACAGACCACAACUCCUAAAAGACAGACCACAGCUCCUGAAAGGCAGACCACAGGCCCUAAAAGACAGACCACAGCUCAUGAAAGGCAGACCACAGCCCCUGAAAAACAGACCACAGGCCCUAAAAGACAGACCACAGGCCCUAAAAGACAGACCACAGCUCCUAAAAGACAGACCACAGCUCCUGAAAGGCAGACCACAGCUCCUGAAAGACAGACCACAGCCCCUGAAAGACAGACCACAGCCCCUGAAAGACAGACCACAGCAAGUGUGCCACAUACCACCGUGUCCAAACCCACAGUGUCACAAGCCUAUUCAUCGUAUUCAAGUGCACCCACCAGGCAUCAAAAGUUCAGACCAUUUCAUUUGAAACGGCCAUAUGGAAGAAGAGUACACAUGCACGAGAAAGUUUCAGGUGUACUGUGCAUUCAAGACAAUGGUUAUAGCUUGACUAAUGGUGUAAAAACAAUAUCUUGGGACGGUAAAGUGGAUCAGCAGCUACUCUUGGAAGAUGUAAUUUAUACAAAUAUUAGACACACUUUGACGGUCGACGAAAAUACAAAUAAAACAUGGAAAUCAAUUGUUGAAAAACUGGACACUAUGCAUCCCAUUAAAGAUUUAAAAGUUAUGAAACUUAUAGUAAAACAGCCUUUAGGGCAAUGCUCAUUUUGUACAAAACAAUGUCACAGAUACAAAGUGGUAACAGGGGGUUUUAGUCAAAUAUCUCAUGUACCGUUGGAUAUAAUUCAGCAUUAA